AUGCGAUCAUCGGUCGUCUCAAUGGCAUUGAUGAUGGUGGUGCUACGCCUCUCCCCAGCAGAGGCUAUGGAUAGCGCCAGCGGACAGUCGUCCACCGAGAACCGACAGUCAUCAGUCGCAGGAGCGACUGAAGCAAAUCCACCGUUCGGGCUGCCCUCUGACCGAGCCUUGGACGACGCAAUGCUCCACGUCCCCUUCCGCGAAGGCAUGACCAUGUACAGCCUUCCUGAACACGAACUGCCCUGGGCGACAUCAUCGUUUGUGGACCCGACUGGAUCACACCACUAUAUCCCACCGUUUGUUCGAAACGUCGACGGGAAGCAUUUUGGACCUCUGGGAAUAGGGGGAUACAAGUUCCGACUGGUGGACUAUCCACACGAGCUUCCGUACCUCGAAGAGAUGCAUGCAGAAGGCAACGACUGGAUUCCGAUCAAUUUCGAAGAUUUGAGAAGAGGCCCAACGCUUCGACCAGGCGAAUGGGUGUUUCGAUCAGACCCACGAAUACUGGACGAGAUCGAGAGCUCGUUUCGACACUGGCACCAUUUGCAGGGUCGUGAGGUUGAGAAGGUGCAGAAGACAUCUGGACUCAGGCACGCGCGAUUCGUUUGGCCACCGCUCGAGAUACAGCCACCAGAAUGGAUGCCCCCUUACCGGCUUUACAUGCCCAACAACAAUUUGAUGCAUCUCCGGACGGGGGUAAACCUUCGACUAGGAUUGCACGAUCGUUUGCAUCCUACGGUCUACCAUCUUUUGCUGCCGACCUUUCACGGCCCAAGACACAUCAUGAUGGCGAAACUCGACGAGGUAAUGAACACCCACAUGCCCGCCAAGAGCAGAAACUCGGAUUUUUGGCUGCUGCAAGAAGCGAUGGUGAGGCCGGAGAGCUUGAAUACGGCACAUCAGAUCCGACCGGUCUAUGCGGUGUUGGGUGGGAUGUUCCUACCCAAAGACGCACCGGAGAUGUUUAGAGAUUACAUGUAUCCUGCCCUUGUGUAA